CGGAUCCCUCUGACUCUCACCGUUUCUCUCGAUUGUUUUUGGUACAUUUAUUAUUGCCAGAAGAAGAUGGCGGCCGAGAGGGAACCUCCACCGUUGGGAGAUGCAGAGCAGACCGACUUCAGGGAAGUGGAAGACGGGGAGGACCUCUUUGUCAGCACCGCCUCAACUCUGGAGUCCAGCCCUUCGUCUCCAGAACCAGCUAGCCUUCCUACUGAAGACAUCAGUGUAAACUCUAAUGGCCCUAAACCCACCGAGAUCUUAUUAGAUGAUGAUCGAGAGGACCUUUUUGCUGAGGCUACGGAGGAAGUGUCUCUUGACAGUCCAGAAAGGGAAGCUAUCCUCUCUGACGAGCAAUCUCCCGCCAUCACCCCAGUGACUCCUACUGCUCUUGUUACGCCCCGAGUAGAACCAAAAACAAUCUCUAUUCCUGCCAUGUUUGAGAGAUCCAAAGAGGAGAUAGAAGAAGAAACAAAUGGUGACUCAUUUGAUGUAAGGAUUUCUGUGUCUGAUCCAGAAAAAGUUGGGGAUGGAAUGAAUGCUUAUAUGGCUUACAAAGUAACAACAAAGACUUCCCUAUCAAUUUUCAACAGGAAUGAAUUUUCAGUGAAGAGAAGGUUUAGUGACUUCUUGGGCCUGCAUAGUAAGCUAGCCACAAAGUACAUGCAUAUAGGAUAUAUAGUUCCUCCAGCACCAGAAAAAAGCAUUGUGGGCAUGACAAAGGUCAAAGUUGGCAAAGAAGACUCAUCAUCUGCAGAAUUUGUAGAGAAACGAAGAUCAGCACUAGAAAGGUAUUUGGUAAGGACAGUAAAGCAUCCCACUUUGCUACAGGACCCAGAUGUACUGCAGUUUUUGGAAAGCUCAGAGCUGCCGAGAGCAGUUAGCACCCAGGCGCUGAGUGGGGCAGGAAUAUUGAGGAUGGUAAACAAAGCUGCCGACGCUGUCAACAAAAUGACAAUCAAGAUGAAUGAAUCGGAUGCGUGGUUUGAAGAAAAGCAGCAGCAGUUUGAGAAUCUGGACCAACAAUUGAGGAAACUGCAUACAAGUGUGGAGGCCUUGGUGUGUCACAGGAAAGAGCUCUCGGUAAACACAGCUGCCUUUGCUAAGAGUGCAGCCAUGCUGGGGAACUCUGAGGACCACACAGCCCUGUCUCGGGCACUGUCCCAGCUGGCCGAAGUGGAGGAGAAGAUUGAUCAGCUGCAUCAAGAACAGGCCUAUGCAGAUUUCUACCUGUUCUCAGAGCUGCUCAGUGACUAUGUUCGCCUCAUAACUGCUGUAAAGGGUGUUUUUGAUCAGCGGAUGAAGACUUGGUCGAAGUGGCAGGAUGCCCAGGUUAUGCUACAGAAAAAACGCGAGGCAGAGGCCAAGCUCCAGUAUGCCAAUAAACCAGACAAACUGCAGCAGGCCAAGGAUGAAAUCAAGGAGGAAAUUGAAGAGUGGGAGGUUAAAGUCCAGCAAGGAGAGAGAGACUUUGAACAAAUCUCCAAAACCAUCCGCAAAGAAGUAGGAAGAUUUGAGAAAGAACGAGUGACGGACUUCAAAGCCGUUAUCAUUAAGUACUUGGAGUCCUUAGUGCAGACACAACAACAGCUGAUAAAAUACUGGGAGGCAUUCCUGCCAGAAGCCAAAGCGAUAGCCUGAACGAAGGAGGAUUCCAUUUUAGAAGAUGCUGUUGACACUUCUCAUGUUUACAUCGCAAUUCCACACUAAAGAAAAAUUGCACGGAAAAGGAAUCUGAAUUACCACCCAAUAAACCACUGAAUAUUUUAAAAUUUCAAACUUGUGGCUCCUUUUUAUCCUGUGCUGUUUUAUGAAGAAACUGCAUGUCGUGUUACAAUCCAAAAUUUAAAAGGACUGUGGCAUGAUAUUCUGCAGUACUUUGUUUAAUUAAACACUACUGCUUUGUCUUAUUUUUUAUUAUUUUUAUUGUUUUCAAUGCACUAAAAGUGCACUGUGUGAGCCCAAAACCUUGAACAUUUCAGUUUAAAUGAACAUUUGUGUUCUUAAAUCUUUGUCAAAAUCAAUGGAAAAAAAAUCUUCUUUCAUUUAACUUUACAUUCCUGUACAGAAAUCAUACCUUUUUUGAUUAUUAUAGUGAUAAUAAAGGAAUGUACCCCAUGA